UGUUGUUCACAGAUGCCAGUUGAGGGCAGGUCCACCAUUUAUUCACAGAGGGAGAGAAAACGAAAGUACAGCUGGAGGACAAACAGAACACCAGGACAUUUUCCAGUAAACUAAGACUGAGGCUGUGGUGAAUGUACAUGUGAUUUUAUCUGAGGCUGGUUUAUGACAGUGCAGCUUGCUCUUUGAGUCGAGACGACAUGGUGACACAAAUGAAACAGAACUUGAGGAUGUUUCACUUGAAGAACAGACUCCUGCUCAGACCUCAGCUCAGUGGUGUCACUGCAUUGGUCUUAUAUCACACUGUUUUCAUCCUUCUCCUAACAUGUGCAGGUGAGUCAUCUCAGCCAAUAGUGGCAAUGAUAGGUGAUGACAUAGUUUUGCCAUGUCAAAUGGAAUCUGCUGUGGAUGCCAGUGGCCUGACUGUGGAGUGGUCAAGACCCAACCUGAAGCCCAGAUUUGUCCAUUUGAGGCGAGACAGUGUGGAGCUGGUGCUCGAGGAGAAUCCGUUGUACAAGGGAAGAACGUCACUGUCCACCAACAAACUGAAGCGUGGAGACGUUUCACUGAAACUCUCCAAAGUGAAAGUGUCUGAUGAGGGAACAUACAGAGGCUAUGUUCUCACAAGUGGUAGGCCGACAGACUGUGUGGUUCAGCUCACUGUAGGUUCUGUCUCCUCCCCCGACAUAAAGAUCUCUAGAGUCAGUAAUGGAGUGUUGUUAGUAUGUAAAUCCACCGGCUGGUAUCCAGAACCUGAGGUGUUCUGGCUGGACGGUGAGGGAAACCUCCUCUCUGCUGGACCUACAGAGACAGUCAGAGGUCCUGAUGACCUCUAUACUGUCAGCAGCAGAGUGACUGUGGAGAAGAGACACAGCAGGAUCACCUGUAGAGUCCAACACAACCACAUCAACCAGACCAGAGAGGCACUCAUACAUGUUCCAGAUGAACUCUUUUUGGCCCAGUCUAGUUCUGCUGUUCGGAUCUCCAUCUGCCUCAUUGCGUGCAUCUUGACUAUUUCUGCAGUCGUGGUUAUUGUGUGGAAAGGGCGACAAAAGACAAAAGACAUCAAAAUCAAAACCAGCAGCAGUGAACUUCAGCCACUGAUGGACGGAGAGAAGCUCAUGACAGGAAGUGAGAAAAUACAGUAUCUGGAACAUACAGAGGCCAAACUUAAUGAGGACUUACAGAAGACUGAGGGAGAACUGACACAUGUAAUACAGGUGAUUACAAGCCUGAACAAGCAGAAAGAAAAUCUGAACAAGCAGAAAGAGAAACUCAUCGCACUGCAGCAGGAGGAGAAGACACUGAUAAAAGAGAAGGAGGAGAGGCUGGGGAAGAAACGAGUGCUGCAAGAAGACAAAAAAAAGGAUAAGCAUGAAAAAACCAAAAAGUAUUUGGAGGACACAAAGAAAGAACAUGAGAGUAUGUUGGAGCAAACAACAAACCUAUUGGUGACAACAGAUGAUCUGAUUAAUAAAAUGACAGAAAGGAAGGUAAACCUAGAGAGAGAUAAAGAGCAGAUAAGUAGAAACCUGAAAGAGAACAAGAGACUGAGAGAAGAGGCUGAGAAGAAACUUAAGUCAGAGCAGGAAGAGAGACUGAGAGAAGAGACCGAGAGGAAACUUCAGCCAGAGACAGAAAAGGAAACAAAUGAGCCACCAUCCAGUGAUUCUGUGUGAUUGUCUGACUUCAAAUCUGACUUAAAUCACACAAUUUGAUGCCAUGAAAGUUUGGUUAAGAUCUUCAGUGUCAUCUGUUUGCAACCUGCCUGUUAGUCCAAACCAAGGCAGAGUGUUGUCUGUUUCACAUUCACUGUAUAUUGUUCUAUAAUUAGUGAAUCUGAUUCCUCCUUCACUAACAUCAAUAACACUGUGUACAGUUUGUGUGAUUAUAAUCCCAAAUGAUUUAUAGUACUCUGUAACAGUUCUUUUUCUUAUGUUUUUAGUGGUUAAUUUUAAACUUACGCAUAUUUAGGAUGAAAUACUUACAUUUAUUUGACACAUUUUGAAAAUGGUUUACAAAGAUGUCAUCUUCUGUUGGAGAACAUUUUUGCACUUGUAGUUUCUGAUGCUUGAGGAUGACUUAAACAUGUUGCCUUACAAUGAUUUGUUUUUUUCAUUAACAUGCUUUGUCAUUAAAAAUUGUGUGUUUUGUGUUUUAUAUA